AGCUAGCAGCAGGCUUGGUUGGACCAUCACCUGAGCCUCUGCUGUCUACCCCUUGUUUCUCAGUCAUUUGCAGAUUAACUUCCCGGAUACCACAAGCUGUUGAAAGAACCUGGUGCGCUCAAGGCAUGACGAGAUCCUGCAUCUUGUACUGCGUCCUGCUGAGUAUUUGCCUCAGUGAGAGCCACGCCUGCUUCUGUGAUCAUUACCCAUGGACUCAGUGGUCCAGUUGCUCAAAAAGCUGCAAUUUUGGAAUUCAGAGCAGACAAAGACAAAUAGUCGUAGAUAAAUACUAUCACGAAAACUUCUGUGACCAGCUUUGCACCAGGCAAGAGAGCAGAGAAUGUAACUGGCAAUCUUGUCCUGUCAACUGCCUCCUGGGAGAUUAUGGUCCCUGGUCAGACUGUGACCCUUGUGUUGCAAAACAGUUUAAAGUUAGAUCGGUCUUGCGUCCUGCUCAGUUUGGAGGACAACCAUGUACUGAGCCCUUGGUGACAUCCCAACCAUGCAUUCCAUCUAAACUCUGCAAGAUUGAGGAGGUUGACUGCAAGAAUAAGUUCCGCUGUGACACUGGCCGCUGCAUCGCCAGCAAGCUAGAAUGUAACGGAGAAAAUGACUGCGGAGACAGCUCGGAUGAAAGGAAUUGCGGGAGGAAGAAGACGGUGUGCUCUCGGACUUAUGAGCCCAUCCCAAGCGUACAACUGAUGGGUGCAGGAUUUCAUUAUCUCGCAGGAGAGCCCAGAGGAGAAGUCCUUGAUAACUCUUUCACCGGAGGAAUAUGUCAAACUGUCAAAAGCAGCAGAGCAAGUAACCCUUACCGCGUCCCAGCUAAUCUGGAAAACGUCAACUUUCAGGUAGAAACCAAAGAAGAUGAUUUGAAAGCAGAUUUCUACAAGGAUUUAAUUCCUCUUGAGAAGAAUGCUCAGCAGCAGAAAUUUGCUUCCAGCUCAAAUAAGGAUUCUUUUUGGGUACCGAUUUUUUACUCCUCAAAGGAAAGCCGAAGAAACACCCAUGAGUCUGGCUUCAAGCAAGCCAUCCAAGCGUCACACCAGAAGGCUUCUAGUUUCAUUAGGAUCCACAAAUUAAUAAAAGUCUUAAACUUCACCACGAAAGCUAAAGAUCUACAUGUCUCCGAUGUCUUUCUGAAAGCACUUAACCAUCUGCCUCUAGAAUACAGCUCUGCUGCCUACAGUCGGAUAUUUGACGACUUCGGGACUCACUACUUCACCUCAGGCUCUCUGGGGGGUGUGUAUGACCUUCUCUAUCAGUUCAGCAGUGAAGAACUAAAGAACUCAGGCUUAACAGAGGAAGAAGCCCGGAAUUGUGUUCGGAGUGAAAAAACAAAACGUGUUUUGGGUUUUAAGAAGAAAAAAGUGGAACACAGGUGCACCACUAACAGGCUGUCAGAGAAACAUGAAGGUUCAUUUGUGCAAGGAGCAGAGAAGUCCAUAUCCCUGGUCCAAGGCGGGAGGAGUGAGUACGCAGCAGCACUGGUGUGGGAGAAAGGGAACGCCGGCCCAGAGGAGAAAGUAUUUUCUGAGUGGCUGGAAUCAGUGAAGGAAAACCCUGCUGUUAUUGACUAUGAGCUCGCUCCCAUCUCCAACUUAGUGAGGAACAUUCCCUGCGCAGUGACCAAGCGGAACAACCUGAGGAAAGCGUACCGAGAAUAUGCGGCCAAGUUUGACCCGUGCCAGUGUGCGCCCUGCCCCAACAAUGGCCGCCCCACCCUCUCGGGGACCGAGUGUCUGUGCGUGUGCCAGACUGGCACCUAUGGUGACAACUGCGAGAGACGGUCCCCGGAUUACCAGGCUAAUGCGGUGGAUGGCAACUGGGGCUGCUGGGCUUCCUGGAGCACCUGUGAUGCUACUUACAAGAGAGCCAGGACCCGAAGCUGCAACAACCCAUCCCCCCAGCAGGGAGGGAAGCCCUGUGAGGGAGAGCAGCGGCAAGAGGAAGACUGCACGUUUUCAAUAAUGGAGAACAAUGGACAACCAUGUAUCAAUGAUGAUGAAGACAUGCGUGAAAUAGACCUUCCUGAGAUAGAAUCAGACUCAGGGUGUCCUUCACCACUUCCUCCAGAAAAUGGAUUUAUCUGGAAUGAAAAGAAGCUAUACUCAGUUGGGGAAGAAGUUGAAAUUUCCUGCCUUACUGGAUUCAAAACUGUUGGCUACCAGUACUACAGAUGCUUACUAGACGGGACCUGGAGGCAAGGAGAUGUGGAAUGCCAACGGACAGAGUGUCUCAAGCCAGCUGUACAGGAAAUGCUAGAAAUCUCACCAUUUCAGAGAUCAUAUAAAAUUGGUCAAUCCAUUGAGCUGACCUGCCCCAAAGGGUUUGUUGUUGCUGGGCCAUCCAGAUACACAUGUGUCACAGAUUCCUGGACACCACGGAUUUCAGACUCACUCACUUGUGAAAAAGAUAGUCUCACAAAAUUACAGGGUGACUGUCAACCGGGACAAAAGCAGUUGGGAUCUGAAUGUGUUUGCAUGUCUCCAGAAGAAGACUGCAGCCACUAUUCAGAAGAGCUCUGUGUGUUUGAUGCAGACUCCAGCUACUACUUUACCUCAUCUGCUUGUAAGUUUUUGGCUGAGAAAUGUUUAGCUGGUCAGCAGCUCAGUUUUCUACACAUCGGUUCCUGCCAAGAGGGUCCACAGUUAGAAUGGGGCCUUGAAAGGACAAAGCUUUCAUCCAACAGCACAAAAAAAGAAUCCUGUGGCUAUGACACCUGCUACGAUUGGGAAAAAUGCUCAGGUGAGCUCCAGUGGGGAUGCUUUAAGUCUUGUCUCGAUGAAUAAGUCUUAUUUGCACUU